AUUGCCGUGUAAUUGAACCAAGACAGUUCAUUUUCGAGAUUUGUGAAAAAAGACUAUCAAAUUCCUAUUUAUAAGCGAGUAGAUAAGCAAAAUCUAUCUCGAUUUACAAAUAAAUUGCAAGUGGAGUGCUUAUUAUAAGUGAUUAUGAAGUCCGAAGGAUAAUUUUGAUGAGUUGCGAAAUCAAUAACCUGUUGUAGGAUCGCUUGGAGAUUUCUGAUCGUUUACCAGUUGAGAUUCGUUCUUAUUAUAUACCUACGUAAAACGGCGAAUUAGAUCGUCAUAAUGUACAAAAGGGGAAAUUACCGAUCAUCACAGAAAAUGGUCGGCUCCAGGGUGUAUGUGGGUGGCCUGCCCUUCGGAGUCAGGGAAAGGGAUUUGGAAAAGUUCUUCAAAGGCUUCGGCAGAAUUAGAGACAUCUUGAUCAAAAAUGGCUAUGGGUUUGUGGAAUUUGAAGAUUACAGAGAUGCAGAUGAUGCUGUCUAUGAAUUGAAUGGGAAAGAACUAUUAGGAGAAAGGGUGAGCGUGGAGCGCGCGCGCGGCGUGCCCCGCGGCUCGGACCGCUGGGGCGGCCGCGACGGCAAGGCGCCGCCACGGGCCCGCGCGCCCCGCUCCUCGCAGCCGACCUCUGACUACAAUUACAGAUACGGCCCGCCAACGCGUACCGAGUAUCGACUAAUCGUAGAAAAUCUGUCAAGCCGCAUUAGCUGGCAGGACUUAAAGGAUUACAUGCGUCAGGCCGGUGAAGUUACUUACGCUGAUGCGCACAAACAGCAUAGAAAUGAGGGUGUGGUGGAAUUCGCAACGCACUCGGACAUGCGUGCGGCUAUAGAGAAGCUGGAUGGUACGGAGCUGAACGGUCGUCGCAUCAGGUUGGUGGAAGACCGGCGGUCGUCACGUCGUCGUUCGCGGUCCUCGUCGAGUCGCAGCAGGAGCAGGAGCCGCCCACGACGCGGGUCUAGAUCUAGAUCUCGCUCACGCCGCUCAUCUCGUAGCCGCUCCCGUUCCAAGUCACGCCCGAAGAGCAAGAGCCCAGCGCCCAAAUCUAGAUCCAGAUCCAGAUCUAAGGAGGCGAGCCGCUCGCGUUCCGGCUCGCGCAAGUCGGCGGCGCGCCGCACGCGCUCGCGGUCCGGCUCGCGCGCGCCGCGGGAGCGGAACGGCAAGUCGGCCAGCGCGUCGCCCAAGCGCGGCGAGACCAAGGAGGCACCGAAAAGGGAGCGAUCCCGUUCCCGCAGCAAGGAGGCGGCGUCACCGAAGCGCGAGGAAGUUCGCGAGCGCGAAGCGAGCAAGUCCCGUUCGCGUUCGCGCUCGCGCUCUGCGUCCCGUUCGCGUUCCGGCUCGCGCGAACGUUCGCGAUCCGCCUCGCCGCGACAGAACGGCGAAUCGCAGGACAGAGCGAGCACCGACCGUUCGCCGAGAAGCGGGGAUUAGGUUACGCGUAUACGCCGCGAUCGCAACUAAUGUACGCAGUUUUAUUGCAAUGGUGUUUAAAUUUAAAAUGUUGUUUGCGUUUUGAUUUGGACUGUGAUAUGUUUUAUCGGAUAAAAUAGGAAAUUGUGGCUAAGAAUUCUGAUUUUGUUGUAUCGCAAUUUUCAUUGUAGCAAGAUUUUUUGUUAAUACACUUUUUGAUAAACAGACAUGGAUAACUAGUACGUAAAUUGUUGUGUGUCGCGGUGUUACUAGUCUUAAAUAAAUAGUAAGUUAAUUUUACACGAGAGUUUUGUAAUUCGUUACAAAGCGACAGGUGUCACGGUCUUUGGGUUAUUACUGACACGUUUUUCUUUAUAUAAAAUUAAAAUAUGUUUUUUUUGUAUGCAAGAGAACUAGCAUUUGGAAUUUAUAUAACUAUUAAAUUAAUUGUUAGUAACUUUUCACUUGUGGAAAGUUUGAAAAUUUGCUGUAUUUGUAACAGUUUUUGGCUAGGUUAAAAUUACUGUUGUAGAUGAAGUUGUAAAAUACUUUGUGACACCCCUAUUUUGUAUAGGUUAAGGUAUUCUGUAAAUACUGAUUCUAUUUAAGGCACCAAAUAAAUAACUAUUAAGGAAUA